AUGGCUAUCCGCGAUCGCUUCCGUCGCGCCCUCCGCAAGUCCGGGGCCUCCGACACCGUCUCCCCGACCGAGUUAAGCACCGCCGGCAGCACCGCGCUGACCACGACCACCACAACCACAACCACAACCAGCCAAUGCUCCUCCUCGCACGACGGGCCGCAGCUCGAGAAGACGACGUCCCGGUUGGCCCGCGUCCUCACGUUCAGUUCCUCCUCCGCCUCCUCGCCGGAGAAGGAGAGGGAGCGGGAGGAGAAGCGCGACCGCAAGGCCGCACAGAGCCGCCGCCGGACACACCCGCGCGACCGCCCGCUCACCACACAGAACAUCCGCCACCAGGAGAUGCUCUCGCACUUUCGCAUGACGUUUGGCGCGUCCGACCCCACGCAGAUUGAGACGAUGAGCUUUGUCGGCGUGAGCCCGUGCUGCACGCGCAGAGGCUCGCUUGACCUCGACCCGUCAAGCCGCGGCAGCACAACAUCGUUCUCGAAUACUUCGUCGAGUGACUCGUCUCGAGGGGAGUAG